UUAUAAAAGUCACAGCUCUGCGUGUUCUGUUUGCAGCUUUUGACUUUUUAAAUUAUGUCGCACACAGUCAGCCGAGCCAAAAUACAACACGCCACAUAUGUAUUCUUAUUUUAAACUGCUUGAAACAAUUUUGAAGGCGCAUUUGUUUUAAUAUGUCAAAUAUAAAUAUUAAAACUAAAAAUAUAAAUCUUUUAUUUUUUAAAUAAAGACGAAAACAGCUCGCAUUUAAAAGAAGUAAAUAUCUCCCACCCCCAUGACAAGCGAAUGGUUGUGCCCAGGAAGCUCGAGCUCGUGUUUAGGGAAGUGAAUCUGUGCUUUGAGUGUCUUCUCGCAUCUUCAAGGAAACUUUGAUUUCUUGUCGUAAACCUUCUACCUCGUGUACAUUUAACUUUUUAACCGAUGCAGUCACUUUAAAAGCUAAUACAGCCUUGACAGUUUUUUGAAUGAAUGAUCCAGAGAGACUGUUAACCUCGAUAAAAGCAGCUCUCGGUUAUUCUUCCUCACAGACCUCAGUUGAUAUGUGGGAAUGGCAGAUUUUGAGUCUGGUGGGCUUCAUCCUUUUAGGUCUUUUUCUCUUUGCUGUAGGCUAUAUCUUGUACUCCGGACUGACAAGUGAAAUCAUUAUCAAGACUGGUUUACCCCCGGUCAGGAGCAUCACUGUAGCCUAUAAAUACAGGACAGGAGCUUAUAAAGACUGCGGCUCAGUCUUCAAAGAGAGCAGCAGCAUUGGACCCAAGCUGUCAUGCAUUGGGAUCUUCUAUGACGACCCAAAGAAGGUUCCAGCUCAAAAGUGCCGCUAUGCUGUAGGCAGUAUUUUGAGUGAAGGUGAGGACCGACUCAAUGAAGAACAGCAGAAGCUUUAUGAGAAUCACGGCUUCCGGGUUUUCUCAUUUCCAGAGGUCACACAUGUCGUCACGACCUCCUUCCCUCACCGAACCCCUCUCUCUAUUUUCCUGGGAGUGCAGAGGGUUUAUCCACAGCUCAACUACUACAUCAAGGAAAGGAAAUUGUGUGCACAUCCAUUUCUGGAGAUCUAUCGAGGGGGAACGAUCCACUAUAUGAGUCCACUGGCCCGGCAGGGGGAUUUCUAUGUUCCUGAAGUUAGAGAAGCCCAAAGAUGGUUACCGGGAAAAUCGCCUGAAGAGGACGAGAGGACGGACAUCACAGGUGCUGAUUCCAACAGCGAGCGCAGUUCUUCUGUGAGCCAGCAGGACGCUUCACCUGCCCCGUCCAGCACGCGGACACACUCGCACCCGGACAGACAGCAAUACUGGGACUUCGAUCGUGUGGAGAGAAGCGACACCUCCAGCGUCUCUUCCUUCGAGGAGCUGGAGCUGGAUUCGGACAGGUGCGAACACACUCUUCCAGCCCUCGCAACAGGCGGAAAACACAACCUGCAGGACCAGGACAGAGAGAUCAUGGUGGAGGAAGAGUAAGAUGGAGAGCAGUGAAUUGUGGGAAAUGUGAGGGAUGUGUUUUGACUUUGAUAGUUCACUCAAAAAUCAAAGUUCUGUCAUUAGUUUUGUUCUUCCAAAAGGCUCAUUUAUACUUUGUUCGACCGUAUUCAAAUUUUACUUACAUUUUAUGAAGUAACAAUAGUAGUUACAAUUAUUACAAUGCUUUCAAUUAAGGUUUAGAUUUCACCUUUUCUUUUUUAAAUUUUAUUUUGUUUGUUUUUUGGAUUAUUUUACUAUAUAAUAAUUAACUACAAAAUUUCAGUAAUUAUUUUCUCCAGAAAUCACCAAAAAAAAAAUUUAUCAAAAUGGUUUGGUGUUUUCCAUGAAAUAUUUAAAUUUUAUUUAGACAUGAUAUGUCCUGUUACUUUUUAUUUGUUGUCAUUUUAAUUUUGCUGUAAUUUCUUUAGCAUAAUUUGACUAUAACAAUUAAUUAUAUAAUUAUUAUCAUUAUUUUCCCUUCUAGAAUCCACAAUACAAGUCGUUCAUAUGGAUUCCAAGAAAUUUAAU